UUGUGUCAAUACCCAGCCCUAAUUCAACUCAAAUGAUACAUAUACGUGUGUACUGUAUGUCUGUGUUACUCAUCGUUUUUAUUUCUUUAGAUUUGCAGACACUAGAGCCUUGCUUGAGCUUCCUGAAAGAGUCGCAGCAUGUGGGCACACAGGAGCCUAACAUGUGAUCGACAGGAAGACAUUGUCAGCUGUAGUAUAUGUGAUUCUGUGAUGUUUUGUGCUUUGAAUCUGACUCUCCUCCUUUCUCUUGAAUCCACCCAACAUUAUACUCAUUCGUAGACUCUCAUCUCCAGCUUUUUACAGGUUUUCCAUUUUCAUGAGAAAAAAUACAAUAUUUGGUGAAUUUUAAGUGCGAUUUCCAGACCUGAAAAAAUAUAUAGUCAGUUUCUAUAGUCAGUGUAAUUUUUUUUCCCUAGUUGAGCUGUUUUAUAGUAUUUAAACACCUACGGUGUCUGUAAAAUAAUUUACAAAUGCUUUUUCAGUCUGGCAGAGAUUAAUGUUCUAUACUUAGCCUUUUAUUUCAAACAAACACUUCUAUUAAACUUUAUUAACAUAAGUUAAUUUAAUCUGUUUUUUCCUGUAUUUAUUAUUGUAUGUAUUGCUGUUGUCUGUGCGAAUCCUCCCAGUGCUGCAGCAAAUGUGCAGAGGACUGGAACUGAAGCGGUCAAACAAAACCAGCCUUUAUUUGUGCCUGGUCACUUUACUAAAAUUUUCUCAUGAUGGCCCCGUCACCCGUUUUAAGUGAGGUGAACCCGUUUCAAGAACUGUGAACUACUUGCAGGACUUCAUUCAAAGCCUUGAAGAUGAAGGCAGGAUAAAUUGAAGAGGAGGUUAAUUUUCCCCAGCUGGUGUUUCACUCGCCCAACAAACACAACAUCAGUGAGCUGGUUUUUGAGACGCUGACUGCAGAUCAGCUGAUCGACAGGCUCCUCAUCCGUCAGCAGUGAGUCAGUGAAGGACGAUGGCAUCUGCUGAUCAGCAUUGUGACACACAAGAUGAGAUGGAAGAAGACAAGCUGAAACACAAGGAAGUGAAGAAGAGCAGCAGCGCUCACACUGGAGUCAGGGUUGAUCUGAAUGCUCAGACGGGAGCAGCUGUAAAUGCUCCUGUACUCACUGGAAACACCAUCACAGGCUCAGUGACCAUCACCAUGAACCCUGCAGAACAAGAGCCACAAAAUAUUACAGAGACAGCAGAGAAACACAGAGAAGAGCAAGAGGAUUUGAUUCUGAAAAAAUUCUUGGGAACUCACAAAACAUACAUGAAGAAUAAAGCAAAGCGUAUUUUUGAAGGCAAGAAAGAAAAUGAAGCAGAUCUUAUGGCUGUUUACACAGAACUGUUCAUCACAGAGGGAGAUAUGAAAGAUGUCAAUCAGGAACAUGAGAUUCUGAAGAUUGAUGAUGCUUUCAAGAAAAAAAAAACACAGGACAAACCAAUCAAAUGCAAUGAUAUAUUUACUGAGCUGAGGAAAAACAAUGAGGAAAAGAUUGUGCUGACCAAAGGAGUUGCUGGCAUCGGAAAAACUGUCUCUGUGCACAAGUUCAUCCUGGACUGGGCAGAAGAAACAGCCAAUCAGGAUAUACACUGUGUGUUCCUGCUUCCAUUCCGAGAGAUUAACAGCAUUAAAGACAGAGAAGUCAAUCUCCAUGAGUUUCUGCUGAAAUUUUAUCCUCAAUUGAAGGACCUGGAAAAAUCAACGUUAUAUAAGGAAUGUAAACUUGCAUUUAUAUUUGAUGGACUUGAUGAGAGUCGCCUGGAUUUGAAGUUUCAAUGUGGAUCAUUGAACAAUGUUGAGGAAAGAUCAUCUGCAGAUGUGCUGUUCACAAGUCUGGUCAAAGGGAAGCUGCUUCCAUCAGCUCUCGUCUGGGUGACCUCACGACCAGCAGCAGCCAAUCAGAUCCCUCCUGAGUAUGUGGGUUUGUUCACAGAGGUGCAAGGAUUCACUGACCAACAGAAGGAGGAGUACUUCAGAAAGAGAAUCACAGAUGAGACUCAGGCCUCCAGAAUCAUCUCACACAUUAAGACGUCUCGUAGUCUCUACAUCAUGUGCCACAUUCCUGUGUUCUGCUGGAUCAUGGCCACAGUACUUCAGAAUAAUCUCAUCAAGAACAAUACUGAGAACAUCCGCACAACACUCACUGAAAUGUAUAUUCACUUCCUGCUGAUACAGAUGAACAUGAAGAGCCAGAAAUAUGAUGGAAAUUCAGAAAGACAACGAAAAAAGCUCUUGCAUUCAAAUAGAGAAAUGAUUUUGAAGUUGGCCAAGCUAGCGUUUGAACAGUUGAAGAAGGAAAACAUUGUGUUCUCUGAGGAAGAUCUGGAAGCAUGUGGUAUUGAUGUGAGUGAAGACACCGAGUUCACAGGAAUGAUCGCUGAGAUUUUUAAGCAGGAAGAUGGACUUCAUGAAGAAAAGGUCUUCUGCUUUGUGCAUCUGAGUGUUCAAGAGUUCCUCGCUGCAGUGUAUGUGUUCCUCUGUUACCUGAACAAGAAAAUGGAGGAGCUUCAGUUUUUUUUUGAUGAACCUAAAGAAAACAUCACAUUGCAGGAGCUACUAGAGAAGGCUGUUGAUAAAGCCAUGGAGAGUGAGAAAGGACAUCUGGACCUGUUCCUGCGGUUUCUGAUGGGAAAUUCACUGGGAUCCAGUCAAAACCUGCUCAAAGGCCUGAUCACACACCCUGAAGACACCACAGAGAGCACCCAAAAAACAACUACAUACAUUAAACAAGUACAAAACAAGGAGAUCUCAGAUGAAGCUUCAGUCAACCUAUUUUACUGCUUACUUGAGCUCAAGGAUCAUUCAUUAUAUGAGGAAAUCCAGAGAUACCUCAGUUCAGAUGAACAUCCAGGGGAAAAACUCUCAUCUUCAAUGUGCACAGUGCUGACCUACAUACUUCUGAUGUCAGAGAAGGUGCUGGAUGAGUUCAACCCAAAGAGGUUCACGUCAUCUUCAAACUACAAGAGACUCGUUCCAGCUGUGAGAUGCUGCAGAAAAGCCCUAUUUGAUGGCUGUGGUCUUGAUGAAACAUGCUGUGAAACUGUAUCUUCAGUUCUUCAAUCAUCAAACUCCAAUCUGAGUGAGUUGGACCUGAGCUACAAUCACCUGAAGAAUUCAGGAGUGAAGCUGCUUUCUGAUGGACUAAAGAGUUUAAACUGUAAACUGAACAGACUGAGGCUAUGUGGGUGUAAUCUCACUGCUCAAUCCUGUGACCAUUUGUCAUCAGCUCUACAAUCCUCAAACUCUGUCCUGAAAGAGCUGGACCUGAGUAACAAUGACCUGCAGGAUUCUGGAGUGAGGCUGCUUUCUGAUGGACUGAAGAGUUCAAACUGUCAGCUGCAAAUACUGAGCCUUACUCACUGUAGACUCACUGUUCAGGCUUGUGAGAGUUUUUCAUCAGUUCUACAAUCCUCAAACUGUGUCCUGAGAGAACUGGACCUGAGUAACAAUGAACUGCGUGAUUCUGGAGUGAAGCUUCUUUCUGAUGGCCUGAAGAGAAACUGUAAGCUGGAGAUUUUGAGGUUGUCUGGGUGUAUGGUGACAGAGGAAGGCUGUGGUUAUGUGUCUUCAGCUCUGAGUUCAAACCCCUCACACCUGAGAGAGCUGGAUCUGAGCUACAAUCACCCAGGAGAACCAGGAGUGCAGCUGCUCUUUGAUACACUCAACCAUCCAAACUACAGACUGGACAAACUGAAUGUGGAUCAUGGAGGAGAGUUCAGGAUUAUAGCAGGACUACACAAAUAUUCCCAUCGGAUCACUCUGGAUCUGAACACAGUGAGUAAACGCCUCCAUCUGUCUGAGUGGAACAGAGUGAUUAUUAACACUUACCCACCGCAGUUGUCUCAUCCUCAUCCAGACAGAUUUAAUCAUUUUUCUCAAGUGUUGUGUAGAGAGAGUGUGUGUGAUCGACGCUGUUACUGGGAGAUUGAGUGGAGUGGGAAAUAUGUGGCUAUAUCAGUGUCAUAUAAGAGCACCAGCAGGAAGGCACCGGGUGAUGAGACUAUGUUAGGAUGGAAUGAUCAGUCCUGGGGUUUGAUCUGCUCUUCCUUCUAUUACUCAUUGUGGCACAAUAACGUACAGAUUUAUCUCCCUGUAAAGCCCAUCAUCAGCAGGAGAGUAGGAGUGCAUGUGAAUCACUAUAGAGUAGGAGUGUAUGUGGAUCACAGUGCAGGAACUCUGUCCUUCUACGGCGUCACGAGAAACAUAAUGAUCCUCAUCCACACAGUCCAGACCACAUUCACUCAACCACUCUAUCCUGGGAUUGCUGUUGGUCUUGCAUCAUCAGUGAAACUGUGUUGAUGAAUCAGAACAGAGAGAUUCUACCCAUAAUGCUUGGAGCUAAUGAUGAAUCAGUGACAGUGAGAUGUUAUAGAGUCUCUUCAUUACAUUAAUACUGUCACUGAGUGUGUGUGUGUGUGUCUGUUCUUCUCUCAGUCUCUACUUGUUCUGAUGUAAAUCAGAUGUUUUUAUUGUCGUUUCUCAUCAAUCUCUAUUAUUACUGUCAAAAUGAGCUUCAGCUGAAAGUGUCUUUCUCAAACAUGAUUCAUGAAGAACAUGUCACUGUCAUCAUUCAUGUGAUGUUCCUCUGGUGUUUGUGCUCAAAUCAUAAAUCAGAUAUGAAUUGAUGAUGAAUAUGUGAAAUAUCUGAAUGCUGUAUGAAUCAUCAGCUGCGUGUGAAAUAUGAUCAUUCCUUCAGGAGAGUUUCUGACAUCAUCAAAUAUGACAUUCAUCAUCUCACUUCAUUAAAUAUAUUUACUGUAACUACUGCAAAUCAGUUAUUUUAUUCACUAAAAUGUGUAAAAAUGUGCAGACUUUGCUGAAGUGAUUUGAACAGGUAUUAACUUAGAUGUAAUGCAAAUAUUACUGUAGCUGACGUAUUUGUGUCAAUACUGUAUGGAGAACCAAAUGACUCAAAAUCACAUCAUUAAAUAAAUGUUGAAAUAUUGUAAUAAAUGUUGAACUGCAGUUUACAUGCAUGUAUAUUGUGUUAUGUGGUGUCGUUAUGAGGAGCUGGAGUGACACUUAAAAGGAACACUCCACUUUUUUGGAAAAUAGGCUAAUUUUCCAACUUCUAGAGUUAAACAGUUGAGUUUUACCAUUUUCGAAUCCAUUCAGCCGAUCUCCUGGUACGGCGGUACCACUCUCAUU